CUCUAUCCCUCUCUAACGCUCACAGUCAAAAACCCUCGGGAGAUCCAGAGCCUAAACCCUUGACGUUAACAAUAAGCAAUGUCGUCUUCAUUAAUUCCUCGCCGUGUGGUUUCGGCGAUUAUUUCGAAUUCCAGUAAGAAAUGUUAUAAUCGGAGAUUUCUUUGCUCCGGCGUGUUAUCGAGCCCGCCGAAGGAGCCGAUCAGUUCGUCGCAGACAGUUAUCUCCGACUCACCUCCCCCUCCCCCUCCAACGGCGCCGGAGGUGGAACCGUCUGCUGCUUCGAGUCCCCUGUGGAGAAGAGCGUGGGACGGUUUCAACAAUUCGAGUUACUGGGAGAGCACAGUGUGGACCCUUUUCAAGGCCGGAAUUAUUACCACUGUUACGGGGGCCACUGUUGCUGCUGGUUAUGCAACUUAUGCUUACACAUUGGAUGAAAUAGAUGAGAAGACUAAGAGGCUGAGGGAGCCGGCAAAUCAAACCCUUGGAAAUGAUGCUUCUGCCAUUGAUAAAUUUCAGAGUUUCCUAUCCUCGACUGCAAAGACAGUUCCUGCUAAAGCAAUUGAAUUUUACUUGGAUCUGAGGAGGGUAUUGGAAGAACAAGUUCGAGGCUAUACUGAACCGACUUCUGAUAAGCUUCUUCCAGAUUUGCAUCCUGCGGAGCAACAUGUUUUUACGCUUGUUCUAGAUCUAAACGAGACAUUACUUUAUAGCGAUUGGAAGCGUGAAAGAGGCUGGCGGACAUUCAAAAGACCCGGAGUUGAGGCAUUCUUGGAACAUAUGGCCAAGUUUUACGAAAUUGUCGUGUACUCUGACCAGCUUAACAUGUAUGUUGAUCCUGUUCUUGAAAGGUUGGAUAAGAACCACUGUGUACGGUAUCGGCUAUCAAGGGAUGCUACAAAGUAUAUGGAUGGCACACAUUACAGGGAUCUUUCAAAGCUUAACAGAGAUCCAAGAAAGAUUAUAUAUGUGAGUGGCCAUGCACUGGAAAGUUGCCUUCAGCGAGAAAACUGUGUACCAAUAAAGCCUUACAAGCUUGAGGGAGAUGAUACAGCACUUUUGGAUCUUAUUCCAUUUCUUGAAUAUGUUGCUCGCAGUAGCCCGCCCGAUAUCAGAACAGUUUUAGAAUCAUAUCAAGGGAAAGACAUUUCGAAAGAGUUCAUUGAGCGGUCCAAGGACUACCAGAGGAGAAUGCAAGAACAAAGGCAGCAAGGUCGUCUCUGGCGUCGGUGAUGUCGGAAUAUUGAGACAUAGAUUUUAUUUAAGUUCUGGGAAUGAUGUAAUUUGCGGCAAAAAACGAGCAUAUCGAGUUGAAGUUGAAGAUUUGCUUCAUAUCUUGCGAGUGGAAAUCAGUUUCCAAUAAAAAGCAGACGAUUGAAUAGCGGAUCUAGUAGUUUUGAAUUGCAAUUGCAAUUGCAAUGGUUUUGAAUUUCAUUGUAAUAGACUCUUAUGGGAAAUUUUGAUUCUAGUAGCGCGAACAAACAAAUGAUGCAUCAGUUGGACGAUAAACUCAACGUCAUUAUUCUUGAACAAUCGAACAAUUUAGAGUUGGGUCUUC